AUGUACUCCACUGUGUGGGCCAUUAUAGAGCCAACCCUCGCACCUCAUAAUCGAGAAUUCGCUGCGAAUAUUGAGCUUCUUCGAAAGUCUAAGGAAGACUGCCAAGCAGACGCGAGGUUGCGUGCAUCGGCUCAUCAGGAGGACGACUUUUUCGACCGAUAUACCGCUGAUCUCGAGCAAAGAAGUUUUAAUUCUGAGAGUGAUGAGGAUGAUGAGGACUCCCAGGGUCAGGGUGAGAGCUUUACCGCGGAGACUCUGAUCGCCGCCUACCACACCGUCAGACAAGCCUGGAGCCGAGAGUUGACCAUCACCGCGCACCGGAUCCCUGCAUUAGUCCGAGGAACUACACUAGGACGAAAUAUGCCACACAUCAACCCGCGCCAACUUGCUAUUUCCACCUCCUCUGUCAAUAAUACCUUAGGUAUCACAUUUCUUCCACCUUCCGUGCUACAAAACUGGGAACGCCGCCUCAAAUGCCUUGCGAGCACGAAAAACGAUUCUUCUACCGCUGAACAUCUGAACUCGUCCUUCCAGCUAGAUGAUGUCGACCAAGAUAUUGGAGACGGCUUCCUACAACCUAUGCUAGUAGACUCAGGCGUAUUCCACACUCUUCAGGAUCGCCGAUAUCAGCUUGGUGAGAAUCCAACAGCCGCCUCUCUAGCAUCAUUAGUUGGCCAAGGUAUUCCGCUAAACAAGAAGCAACAAUUCAUUGUCGUUAAGAUAUUAUCCGAAGCUUUGGCUUGGGCGGAUCAUCCAUAUGACUCUUCUCGGCGGAAGCAACUCCUACUCUGCAUCACGGGAGAAGGCGGUACAGGGAAGUCCCAAAUUCCCAGGGCCAUUGUCGCCGCUAUGGAUCUUCUCGGACGCAAAGAUGAGAUUAUGCUGAUGGCCCCGACCGGUGCGGCUGCGGAUACGAUUGGCGGAAACACGUAUCAUACAUGCCUGGGUAUCUCUAUCAAUCGCCUGCAAAAGGGUGCAAUGGGCUCCCGUGUCAGAAGACUUUGGGCACACAAGACUAUUAUGUUCAUCGACGAAAUGAGCAUGUUGGACUUGACUAUGCUCAGUGUGGUUAAUAACCAUUGUAUGAUUGCUCGUUCACUGGACAGAUCCUCCCCUGACCUCUUUGGGGGACUACCCGUGGUUAUUCUCAUGGGAGACUUCUUCCAAUUCCCACCGGUGCGAGGCCCCGCUCUGUGGAAGGACCCAAGAGAGGGAAACGAUGAAGAUGCAAAUGGCCAAAUGAUCUGGCAUCGAUUUAAACAAGUCAUCAUCUUGGACGAGCAGAUGAGACAAUCGGAAGAUCCUUCAUUUUAUGGUCUUCUCACGCGAGCGCGGCGAGCAGGUCUGACUCAACGCGACUACCUGGGAUGGAAAGUGUCACGGCCAUAA